AUGACAGUCGAGAAGCCAUCAUGGCAGUCCAUUGCAGAGCUGAAACGAGCAGCGCUGCAGGAGUUGUUGCCAGUUUCUUUCCAGAUUGAAUCGGUCCCAUCGGCGGAGAAAUUACCAAAUGUGACCGACUUCAUUCAGACAUUCCUGUCGCCUGCGGAGCUGGAUAUCACCGAGAACCACUCUGCGGAAGUUCUGCGGUCCAAGCUCACCGCUGGGGAGUUAUCUGCAACGGAGGUUACGAAGGCUUUCUGUCAUCGGGCUACAAUUGCCCAUCAACUUGUUAAUUGCCUCAGUGAAAUUCUCUUUCCGCAGGCGCUCAGUCGCGCAGAGGAGCUGGAUGAGUACUAUCGUACGCAUAAAAAACCCAUCGGUCCUUUGCACGGCCUUCCUAUCUCACUCAAAGAUUCAUUCCGGGUGGAGGGCGCCGAGACCUCUCUAGGAUAUGUCGCCUGGCUGGGCGCAGUUGAGACUGAGGAGACCGAAUCCUGGCUGGUAAAAGCAUUGAAAGACAUGGGAGCUAUCAUCAUUGCGAAAACAAACGUUCCCAGCAGCUUGAUGGCCAUCGAGACCAAUAAUAAUACCGUGGGCUAUACUACCAACCCUCAUAAUCGAUUGCUGUCUUCCGGUGGAUCUUCUGGAGGAGAAGCUGCUCUUUUAAGCCUUCGAGGCAGUAUUUUAGGAUUUGGAUCGGACGUUGGAGCCUCGAUCCGUCUGCCUUGUUCAUUUACAGGAAUCUCCGGCUUGAAGCCCUCUCAUGGGCGACUCCCCUACCUUAAAGUGGCCAAUAGUAUGGAAGGUCAUGAGACCGUUCCGUCCGUCAUCGGCCCCAUGGGUCACAACAUCUCCGACCUUCGAUUUGUUGUGCAGAAGGUAUUGGAGCACUCCCCUUGGCUGACUGAUCCCAAAGUAAUCCAGGUUCCAUGGCGCUUAGAGAUAGAGGAUGAGGUCCGCGAGAAAAUGGCCACCAAAAGACUCACCUUCGGUGUUCUGCGACAUGAUGGGGUUGUAAAACCGCACCCACCAGUGGCGAGAGCCAUUGAGCAGACGGUGCACGCGCUGGAGGAAGCAGGAUACGAGGUCAUCGAAUGGUCGCCUCCUCCUCAUUCGGAGGCCUUUCACAUUUUGUGGAACACGUUUGCUGCAGAUGGGGGCAUUGAUAUCCAUCGAACCCUUGAACAAAGCGGUGAGCCACCGGUGCCUCAGCUGGCAGUGUCGUAUGGCGAGAAUCUCGGUCAUCUUCCCGUUGGCACCGUCAAUGAUCUCUGGACAAUCCAACAGCAGCGAUAUGACUACCAGGUGCGCUACCUUGAAUAUUGGAACUCGACGGCCGCAUGCACGCGCUCUGGCCAGCCCGUUGACGCAAUCAUUGCCCCCGCCUCCCCAACCACCGCGUAUCAGCCUUCGGAGGGCAUGUAUUUUGGCUACACCGGCGUUUACAACGUGCUGGAUUUCAGCACGGUGGCGGUACCAGUCACCAAGGUGGAUAAAGCUCAGGAUAUCCUAGUUGAAGACUACUCUCCUUCUGGUGACCUUGACGCUGCAAUUUGGAAGCAAUAUAACCCAGAUUUGUUCCAUGGCUCCCCAGUCGGUGUCCAGGUUAUUUGCAGAAGGCUGGAGGAGGAAAAAGUUCUGGCGAUUGCGGAAGAGGUCCAGGCGACUCUGGGGUGA